ACCCGCAGCUCCGCCGCCGCCCGCCAUGAGGGCAGCGCUCGCCCCCGGCGUCCGCCUGCUCCGCGCCCUCCCCCGGGACAGCCGGUAUCGGGGACUGACGCUGGUGCUGACCUUCCUCUGCUACACCAGCUACCACCUCUCCCGAAAACCCAUCAGCAUCGUGAAGAGUCAGCUGCACCCCAAUUGCUCAGCCUGGGGCCCGAACCCCCACAAUGACUCCAACAGCAGCACGUGGUGCAGCUGGGCACCCUUCGAUGGGGACAACUACAAGGAGCUUUUUGGGGCGCUGGAUAAUGCCUUCCUGGUGGCCUACGCCAUCGGGAUGUUUAUCAGCGGCAUUUUCGGGGAGCGCCUCCCCCUGCGCUAUUACCUCUCAGGGGGGAUGGUGCUAAGUGGGCUCUUCACCGCGCUCUUCGGCCUCGGCUACUUCUGGGACAUCCAUGUCCUCUGGUACUUCAUCGUUGUGCAGGUCUGCAACGGGCUGGUGCAGACGACCGGCUGGCCCUCCGUCGUGGCAUGUGUCGGGAACUGGUUUGGGAAAGGAAAGAGAGGUUUGAUCAUGGGCAUCUGGAACUCGCACACCUCCGUCGGCAACAUCUUGGGGUCGCUCAUCGCCGGCGUCUGGGUUUCCUCCGCCUGGGGCCUGUCCUUCAUCGUGCCCGGCAUCAUCAUUGCCGCCGUGGGCAUCAUCUGCUUCUUCUUCCUUGUGGAGUAUCCCGAGGACGUUGGCUGCAAUCCACCUCUGCAUCAUAUGGCCUCCGACGAGGAGGAUGCUGGAGGAGUGACCACCAGUGAGAAGGAUCCCGAAGCAGUCACCUCCAACGAGGGGCCGCUGAGCAUCUCAGGCCAGAGCAGCACGGAUCACUCUGACAGCCCCACGGAGCCCGCCGAGGAGCCCGAAGCCAUCAGCUUCCUCGGGGCGCUCCGGAUACCCGGCGUGGUAGAAUUCUCCCUUUGCCUGCUCUUUGCCAAGCUGGUGAGCUACACCUUCCUCUACUGGUUGCCCCUCUAUAUUGUGAACGUUGCUCAUUUUGGUGCCAAGGAAGCUGGGGACCUCUCGACCCUCUUUGAUGUUGGGGGCAUUUUAGGGGGGAUCUUCGCCGGCCUCAUCUCUGACUACACUGGCGGCAGGGCCACCACGUGCUGCGUGAUGCUGGUCGUCGCUGCUCCCAUGCUGUUCCUGUAUAACCACGUUGGCCAGAAUGGCAUCGGCACAUCAAUAGCGAUGCUGAUCGUCUGUGGCGCUCUAGUUAACGGGCCCUACGCCCUCAUCACAACAGCGGUUUCGGCAGAUUUGGGAACACACGAGUCUCUCAAAGGAAAUGCCAAAGCCCUUUCUACUGUCACGGCCAUCAUUGAUGGCACAGGAUCCAUAGGUGCUGCCCUAGGGCCGCUGCUCGCAGGGCUCAUCUCCCCCACGGGCUGGAAUAACGUCUUCUACAUGUUGAUAGCAGCCGACGUCUUGGCUUGCCUGCUCCUCGCUCGUGUGGUGGUCAAAGAGGUCCGUGGGUGGUGUGGCUACAUGGCGAGGAAGAGAGGGUAUGUACGUACCGCCCCGGGGCGGCCUCUGGUCCUGCGAUGCCAAAACACGGCGUCGGUGCCGCUCCGGAAAGACAUUUGUUAUCCCUUGCUGUCGCUGCUACAUCUCCAUGUGGGCAUCACGUCAGGCUUCACGAGGCCAUCUGCCUGACGUCUCGCUCCUGUGGGCACAAAGAGACGUUUCCACCUCAAGCCAGGGCAGCACCCCGGGGGAUUUUAGCCAUCCGUGCCUCGCAAAACUCUCUCGGUCCUAAACACACCAUCCUUGUGUCUUUGUAGCUCUAGCGUGCAGCUAACAGAGUCAGUGCUGGAUGGGAAGUAGCUCGGUGUGAGUAUCUCCGCUUGGAGCCCCAAGGAUUAAAUGCAAUGCAAGCCUGAUUCGCCCUGAUUUCGAGUUUCGCUUGGCAGGCUUAGCCUAGAAACAGCUGCUCUGCUGAUAAUUUAAGGGCCAAGAUCGAGAUUUGGGAAUCAAAGGAUUAAAUCACGAUGGCCAGGGAAGAUAGUGCAGACGGGCGGGCAGCGCAUCCUUGUCUCCAGCUUACUUACGAGAUGUUAGCCCAGAUGCCCGAUUGAUUGGCAUUGAUUAAUGCACUUGAAACAGCCGAAUUUAUAGGCUGACUUGCCCACCUGUGCUAAUGAGCUUGAUUACACAGAGUCCAGGCUUGCUAAUCAAAUCCAUGGCCAAAUCACUGCAGUGAGGGUAUAAGUAAUCUCCAAAUCAGCACUGGUCCGUCUCCCGACUGCCACCAAAGCCCCCGCACAAGCGCUGAGGGGGAAAGGGCUGCAGCCAGUACAGUGGUGGGGGUGCCAGACCCCAGACCCCCCCUGAAAAUAUUUGGUCCUUUAUGUCUUGUGUUUGCAGGUGAAAGACCAAUAGUCUGGGCCUCACGCUGUGGUAAGUGCGGCCCGAAUCUCCUUCUCCAGCCACCGGUGGAGGGCUGUCAGACUUCGCUCUCUUGUGCUGGGGCUGGUUGGGGCCAGGACUGUCCUGGCUGGGUUGACACCAUCCCCGUUUGCACCAAAAUCCGGCUGGUUUGUGCUGGCAGAAGCAGCUGGCUCAGUUUGUGGAAAUUGUGCAACACCUUAGAGGGCUUUGGGGAGCGCAUUGUCUCCAGAGCAGCUUGCAGAGCGGAGGCGCAAACGCUGGGGGUUUUUUUGGGGUGGAUGUUUCAGCUUUGGCCAGAGACGAAAUGGUGGCUGGAUCACCUCCUAGUGCCUGCUUCUCCUCUGGGCUUGCAGUGCAGAUGGGGCUGGGGUUUCCAGCAGAGCCGUUUUCCCUUUCCAUCUCUCUGGCAGCACUGCAGCACCCAUCAUUGAUCCCGACACCUGCCGAAUGGCACCCACCACGCUCAGCCGCUCGCUUCUCUCCCCACAGGUUUAAGGAGUUUUGACGUGUCCCCCAUGAGCCGCCCCGAGCUGAGAGGCCCGGAGGGAGGAGAGAGGCUGGGGCACGCCGGGAGCGCGUUCAUCUCGGCAGAGCCGAGGCACGGCCUCAGGCACGGCCCCACGGGCUCGUACCGCCACCGUGGGUUUGCUUUGGAGGGAGGCAGCAGCGAGGAGCAGUCCGAGGGCCCUGGCCGACUGGUUUUCUGGGCCGAUUCUUCGCCGUCGGCCACUUUAUUAAUAAAAACAUGCGAAACCAG